AACUGCGUGUGACUGUGUGCGUGUGGCACUCGGCAAUGUUUAUGGUUUUUUCUUAUUAUUAACAAUAAAUAAGUGACCCAGAACUAUGAGCGAAUCGGUUGCAGAAACUGCAGCUGCAGCGGAAAAUGAAGAGCUGGCCGACGACUCGAUGGAAAAGCUGGAGUUCGACGAGGAAGACGAGAAUAUGGUGUCCGGCGAAGAUUUACUGGGUGGCAAGAGUCUAAUGAUGUCGGAUGACAGCGAAAAUGAAGAUGUACCCACGCAGAAGCCCCAGAAGAUCUCACCCAAGGCCAGGCGCCAAAGGGUGAUGGACAGUGAUCACCAGGAGGUUGCAGUAGAGGAGCAAGAGGAACACAUUUCCCCCAAAAGCAAGGGACAAAGGCUGCUGGACAGCGAUGAAGAGGAGGUGCUCACUAAGCCUAAGAAGAAGAAAUCCGCUGUCAUAAGCUCGGAUAGUGAGGAGGAGCAAACGGUACCCAAGCAGAAAGCCGCCAAGAAAAGCAAAAAGCAGACAUCCCAGGUGGAUGACGAUGGAGAGGAUCAGGAGCAGGAGAAACCUGCUAAGGCAGAGAAGAAAAAGGGGGUAGCCAAAAACAGUAAGAAGUUGACAAAGGAUCAAAAGGAGGAGGACCAGGAGCAACCUCCUAAAAAAGAAAAACCAAAAAAGGCGGUGAAGAAGCAAAUGGCUAAACAGACCGAGGGAGAUGACUCUCGAAUAAACCAGGAAGAAGAUCCGGAGCAGAAACAACCCGUCAAGAUACAAAAGUCUAAGAAGUUGGCUAAGACUAAGAAGCAACAGGAGGAUAAUAAGGAGGAAGAAGAAACUAAUCUGAAGCAAAAGAAACCUCCUCAAAAACCAAAGGCAAAGAAGUUAGCCAAAGCAGAAAAGGAAUUUGAAAUCGACAAACUGGGAGACAUGCAGGACAUGGACGAGGGCACAAAAAUGGACCAAGAACAAGACCAGGAGCAGGAGAAGCCAACCAUCAAACAAAAGCCUAAGAAGAAGGUGAAGAAAAAUAAUCAAAAAAUAGACAGUGAUCAAGAGUCACAGAUAGAAUUAAAAGAUAUAGAGCAGAAAAAACCUUCAAAAAAAGCCAUAAACAAUAAGUUCGAUAACAUUGACGAUGAGAAUGAGGAGAAGCCUAAAAGGGGUACCAAAAAAAAUAAACUAAAAAUUGAGAGCGAUGAGGAGUCACAGGAGAACAAUGAUGAGGUGGUCCAGGAUCAGAAUGGCAAGGUAAUGGACAGCGGCAUUGACACACUGUUGAGAAGCCAUGAUGAGGAUGAGGAUGUCCAAAAACUUUCAAAAAAGGCAAAGAAAAAAAAGCAACGAAUGGACAGUGACAGCGAAGAUGAGAUCAAGAACGAAGAGGAGACCAGUUCGCCCAAAAACAAACUCAAAGGUUUGGUGGAUUCCGAAUCCGAGCCGAAAGAACCCACGGCGGAAAUCAGUCCUGCCCAGAACAAACUCAAGGGCUUGGUGGACUCUGAAUCCGAAGCAGAGUUGAGCAAUCCAGACGAAUCUGUAGCGGAACAGGAAGCACCCUCUGAAACGGCCAAAGGAAAACCCAAGAAGCCCAAAGUUGUGCGCGAAUCUGCAAAGAAAGCUCUGGAGGGGAUGCAGGCCAUCCAAAGUGAGCAGCAGCGUCUGCACCGGGAGGCUCACAUCAAUGUGCCAUAUCAUCAGCCGAAGCCCAGGACUCUGAAGGAGUUUCUUAGUCGACGAACAAUCAACGCUCCUUUAGCCACCGCGCUGGCAGGUGGAAGUCCCAUGCCCAGUAAACAGCCCAGAAAAUCGGUAGGACUUCGGAUGACCCGUGAAGAGUUGGAGGCUUAUGCAAAACUAAUGGAGGACCGCGCCAAAGAGGCCACCGAGUUCUUUAAAUCCGAGUCCGAACCGGAGGAAGAGAACGAUUCGGAUAACGACGAGUCUUUGGAGCUAAAAGACAAUCCAGGUGUAUUGGAUGAGGUGCUAGAGAAUCCAAAAACACCAGAACAACCCAAGGAGCACACAGAAGAGCCGACCAUCGAAUCAAUGGAGGAGAAAUCUGUCGUGGAGGAAGCAAUGGCUGAAGAUCCCAUUGUAGAAGAAGAAAAGCCCGUUGCAUCCACCUCUGCUGCAGCUGCUCUAAAAUUUACAGAUAACUUAGAGGUCCAACCUGAGGAUCAGGCGAAAUCUCCCAGCAAAGUUUGCCUGGUUACAGAAGUGGUGGAACUGCCAAGGCUGGACUUGAGCACCAUUAACAUAACACCGCCUUCCAAGCCAGCCACGCCGAAGAUCAGCGAAGCCAUUCGGCGGCUGAAGAUCGAAAAGAGCUCGGAUGUGAGUCCUUCGCUUAAGGGUGAUGCCAACAUGGUUAUUGACCUGGAAACGGGGGAUAUGUUCGCCAAGAAACCAACUGGAGUGGACGAUUUGCUGAUACGUCUUAUGAAAACGAGGGAAGCCAAAAAGCACAAGACCACAGAGACUGUCAACAUCCUGACCACUGAGCAUGGCAAACUAGAGAUGUCCAAGGUUAGCAUUCACCUGCACGAGGAGGAGAUCAAUAAGGACCCCAAGCCCGGAGCAGGUUACAUCAAAAUGCAGGAGCAUCUUAAAUCCCUAAUCACUAAGAAACGCAUGGAGGACCUGCGCAAAAAGCAGGCGGAAGAGCAGGAGAAAAUGGCUGAAGACGAGGAGGAGGGCAUGGAUGUAGAUGAGGAGUACGAACCGGAAGAUAAGCCUGCCUACGCAGAAGUUACCAUAAACGAAGAUGAGGAGAUUGUUGAGGGAGGCGAAGGCACUGCCGAGGAGGACGAGGAUGCAGAAGAAUUGGAGGCAGACGAGAAAGCAGAAGUCGAACGAGUUGAAGAACCUGAUGAAGAGGAUAAUAGCAGUGACAGCGAGCAGGAAAGUGAGCCCGAACCAGAGCCUGAAACGCAAAGUGGCAGGAAAAAGAACCGCAUUAUUAGGGCCUUUGAGGACGACAACUCCGAUGAAGAUGAUCUGGACCUGUUGCAAACUCCUAAGCCAAGCAACGUUGCUCCCAUAACAGCCACCCAAUUGCAAUUAUCCGCCCAUAAGCUUUUCGAUGCGGAGACCCGGCGCACGGCCAGCGACGAGGAAAACGAGCUGCUCGACUUGUGUUCCGGUCAGUUUCCGCAAUCCCAGAUGCUUUCCUCCGCCGCACCCUCUGUGGAUCCUGCUGUCAUCAGUCAGAUACCCAUGACUCAGUUUGGAGACAGUAGCCAAGCACCCGAUGAACUUGAGGGUUUAUGCUCGGGCACUUUUGCCACCCAACUGCCAUCGGAAACAGCCACCCAACAGCCGGAGGAGCAGGAGAAAACCCAUGAGCCGCCGGUGGUAGCUAACAGAAUUGUGUCCAGCGAUGAGGAGGAGGCCGCCAAGGAGGACGACACUGAAGCCGAUAGGCCGCGCAACAAAAAACUCACUAAGAAGAGGCCGAAGAAAAAGGCCAAGCUAGGAUUCUCGGAUGAUGAAGAAAGCGACGGUGAUGUCGAGGAAUUCGAGGAAGAAAGCGAUGGAGAGCCAGUGGAGGAAAUCCCAGAAACCUUUGUGGACUACGAUUCCGAGGAGAAUGAAAUUGUCGUGGAGAUGACCAAGAAAGACCGCAAAAUGCGAGCCGCCAACUUUGUGGACAAAGAAGCUGAGCUAUCCGAAUCCGAUUGGGGAUCUGCUGACGAGGACGAGAAGAACAUGGAUAACUAUGACAUAGAGUUGGGCGACGAAGAUCAGUUCGAUCGCGAUAAGCUACGGCACGAACUGGGACAGAUUCAUGCUCGAAAAAUGAUGGACCAGGAUAUUCGGGAGGUGCGCAAGAUCAAAGAAAUGCUCUUUGAAGAGGAAGAAGAGGGAGCCAGUCGACAGCGGCAGUUCCGAUGGAAGAACGUUGAGAAUGGUUUCAGCCUAGAUGACCGUCGUCCCGAGGAUGGUGAAGGAAACGAGGGCAGUGGCGACGAGGAGAACGAGCAUCUGUGGCGAAAAAUUCGCUAUGAACGCGAGCAGCUCCUGUUAGAAAAGGGCCUCAAACCGGAGGCAGCCUCUCCACUCUCCACAUCCGUGAUAAACACCAGUGGCACUGGUAAUUCCAUUCGUCGACUCAACAUAAUCUCCUCCAAGAAGACAACUGUGGAGGUGAAAAAGAGUUCUCCAUUCCUGAUCUCAAAAACAGUAGCUGGCAAACAGCAGAAGAGUGCAGUUCGCGGCUCUUUCUUGGUGCGAGACCAGCAGACGCUUACCAAACUGGCAGGCCUCACCAAGGGGACCUCCGGCGAUGUCGACGGAGCGGAGGGCACUAUUUCCGUAAAGACAGCAAAGGCCAAGAACUUUGUGUUCGCCACGCUAACGGAGGAGGAGCACGAGAAUCGCAAACGAAAAGCAGCCGAUUUGCUCAACAGCAGCACUGAAACGGGAGUGAAUUUCAUGAAAAAACCACGACUGGAACCUAGGAGGGAGAAGUGCCUUAUAGAUCAGCUUCUUUAGACUAAGUUCUUUUAAUUUUAGACUGCCCUGAAAUGUACAUUUUGCUAUAUAGUUUAGUAGGAUAGUAAAUAGAAGAGAAUAAACCAUAAA